UUCUCCUCACUUCUACAACACAUUAGAUUAUCUCCUCCACAACAUGGCCAUCUCGGUUUUUACCCUCCUGCAGACACUUUCCACACGCCCAAAAGCUGUACAGUGAUUACACUGCAUCAGUCUUGGGAGAAAUGCUUUUACAUGACAAUUCACAUAUCCGAAUCCAGAGGACAUUAAACAAUAUAGAGGCAGAGCGGGUGGACACCCUACUAUUAGGCUACCUCUACUGAUCACAUCCCUUUUCUUGUUCCUCAGAUUACCCUCCGACUGCAGCCCAGGGAUAUGGGUCCUAUGGUGGUGGCCAGGCCAGCCUGAUUGGCUACAGUCAGUCGUCCACCCAGCAGGGCUACGGCAGCAGUGGCGGCUACAACCAGAGCUCUGAGGGCAACUCCGCCUCCUGCGGCCAGGGAGGCUACGGGUCUAAUUACGGCCAGUCGCAGUCAGGAGGAUAUGGUUCUCAGCCUCCAUCCCAGGGCGGUCAGCCCUACAGCUCUGGGGGCUACAACAACAACAGUAGUAGUAGUCAGCCACCACAGAGCGGCUACAACCAGCAGUCGCCCUACUCUGGAUAUGGACAAGGGCAGUCUGCUGCUGCACAGUCUUCUAUCAGUAGCUAUGGCAACAACUCCCAGCCCUCUAGCUUCGGGCAGCAGCAGUCGCAGAGUGGGGGCGGGGGCAGCUAUGGGAGCCAGAGUGGAAGUGGCUACGGGGGUAGUGGCGUUGGACAGAGUGGGGCUUAUGGGGGCAGCGGGGGUCAGCAGCAGCCCGGGGGGACUCCCUACAGCCAGGCCCCCAGCUACAGCUCACCCCCACCCCAGAGCUACGGCCAGCAGACCAAGUACAGUCAGGGGGGUGGAGGAUACAGAGGCAACUCUCCACCAAUGGGAGGAGGGUAUGGUGGCUCGGACGGAGGCUACGGAGAUAGUGGAGGGCGAGGCCGUGGAGAAAGGGGAGGUGGCUUUAGGGGUCGCGGGGAUGGUGACCGAGGAUUUGACCGAGGUGGCGGACAAAGAGGCACUGGCGGCAUGGGGACCGAGAGACCAGGGACCUGUUGGGCCCAGCUCCAUGGAAGACCAGGAUAACUCUGACAACAACACCAUCUUCGUGCAAGGCAUGGGAGAUGGCUACACCGUUGAUUCUGUGGCUGACUUCUUCAAGCAGAUCGGCAUCAUCAAGAUCAAUAAGAAGACUGGUCUGCCCAUGAUCAACCUGUAUACAGACCGAGAGACAGGGAAGCUGAAGGGCGAGGCCACCGUGUCCUUUGACGACCCCCCUUCUGCCAAAGCUGCCAUCGACUGGUUUGACGGGAAGGACUUCAAAGGGAACCCCAUCAAGGUGUCCUUUGCGACCCGCAGGGCGGACUUCGGAGUAGGCCGGGGUGGGGCUGGCGGCAUGAGAGGAGAACGAGGAGGUGAGGCAGAGUUUGGUGGGCCGAUGGGUCGUGGCGGAUUCGGAGGUGGUAGAGGAGGUGGUGGUGGUGGUCUCUCUGGCGACAACGGUGGCCGUGGCAAUGGAGGACAGCAGAGAGCUGGAGACUGGAAGUGUUCCAACCCGGUGUGUGGGAACCUGAACUUUUCGUGGAGGAACGAGUGUAACCAGUGCAAGUCCUCCAAACCAGAGGGGACCGGAGGUGGCAUGUCUCCUAUGGAUGGAGGCGGAGGUUUCGGUGGAGACCGAGGGGGUCGUGGGGGUUUUGACCGUGGUGGAUUCCGGGGCCGAGGGGGUGACCGAGGUGGGUUCCGAGGCGGACGCGGAGGCGACAGGGGUGGAUUCGGACCGGGCAAAAUGGAUGGAAGGGGUGAACACAGACAGGACCGCAGAGACAGGCCCUACUAGACCAACGCCACUCCAAGCUGGGACUAGAUCUCCAUCCUGCUCCUCCUUCUACACCUCCUCUCCUACUUUCCUCUACGACCCCCCCCCCCCCCCCCCCCCCCUCCCCAACUCCCUCCCAAACACUCCUUUUAUACAGUGUUACAAGUUGUUACUUUGACCAUGUUUCUUGACUGUUUUGACAGACCUGAGUAUCCCAUAAACACUCACACUGUUUUGACAGACCUGAGUAUCCCAUAAACACUCACACUCCCCAUAAUCCCCACUCCCUCCAAAGUUUGGUAAACUUGAUUUUAUUUUUUCUUGAAGAGCUCUUUACAUUUGUUGUUGCUGUCUUUUGAGUUGUUUUGGAAUCUUAAAUGUUUUGUUUUUAAAAUUAAAGUAUUUAAAAAACCAAAU